AUGUUACAUGUGCUUUACACCGCGGAUGUCAUUUGCCUUGUUCUCAAUCAACUAAUCGACUGGAAAAUAUUUCUCCUGCCAGGCUUUGUGGCAACUCACUUCGGUGGGGGAAUCAUGGCGAUAUUGGUUUGGCCGCUUGUUGGAAUAUACACUCUUCUAUGCGCAUACAUCAACCUCGAGUACGGGUCAGCGUGGCCAUUCAAUGGCGGCGAGUUCAUCUAUGUCAGCGUUAAUCCAUCAUUUUCGACACCUGCAGCCAGCUCAUUGGUCUUCGCCCGACAAAUUUUUGGAGGUCUUGUUGCCGAGCCGAACGCAUGGCGUACAACGCACUUAGCAAGUUUGCUGGCCCUGUUCAUCUGUUGGUUGCACUACAGGGCCCCGAGAUUUGCGCUGUUUGCAAACCGUGCAUUAGCUUUAAUCAAGGUGGUGUUCUUGCUGGUAUUGGUCCUCGUUGGAUUCCUCCGCAUCCUAUUGGAACCUGCUCCCGGUGCAUGGUUCCAGGAUGAAGCACACUUGCCUAGAGAGCCAUCGACGUCAUUCAAGCAGCUGGAGGCCCUGGUCCUUGUCCUCUAUAGCUAUGAUGGGUGGCAAAGUGCUAAUUAUGUUUCGUCGGAAAUCCACGGAGGAGAAGAGGAGCACACCAACGAGUGCUCCCAGACGCGCGUCAAGACACUGAAGCUUGGCACAUAUGUAGCCGUCAUUACCGUUACUAUCAUUUACUCCCUGUAUAAUCUGCUACUGGUCAGUCAAUGCUUCCGUACACCACUUGGAAAGAGGCUAACAAAUACAGCUGCGGCUCUUCGAUUUGGAAACGAUAGACCAAGAAAAGCGAUACGUUUUGCUCCUCCUGGCAAGAAAGGUGAUGUUUCAUGCCAAUUCAUCUUUGGCAUACAAAGAAGUGCCGAUUUAGAGUAUAUAUUCUCCCUCCUUGUUGCAUUAUCUACAUUAGGAAACGUGGUCAGUGUCGUGUAUACGAAUAGUAGAGUAAUCAGAAAGAUCGCGUGGAAGAGGUUGAUUCCGCACUACCUAACCUUCCAAGCAAGCUCAUCCUACGGUCUCUCUAAAUGGGACGAUAUAGGGACUCCAAGAGGAGCUCUCCUUCUCGUAGCUUUGACUACAUAUGUUAGCACAAUGACCAUAUUGCUUCCCAAUGACACCGAAAACAUACCGCUUUAUAUCACUAGUAUGGUUGUAUAUAGCCAAUCUAUUGUCGGACUUAUUCUAGGGAUUGGAUAUAUAAUUGACGGGGAUAAGAUUAGCACAAACCGCAGAUGCAUGGAACGGGGCGCAACUCAUCCAGAAAAUGGAGACCCACGCUCGCCGCAAUUCGACUCGCCUUCCCCAACGAGGUCAAUCCCGCGAUCAUCUUCUCGGUCACCGCUAAUGCGUCCUAACUCCUCGGCGUCAAACGCAUCCCCAGCGCGAUCUACACAGUCUUUGCCCCUCCGUCGGUUCACCGGAGCAUCUCGAAGAGCAUUCUUGAAGAUUUCCCGAUAUGCUUUGGGGGUAAUCUUCUUCUUGGGAAACCUCUUCAUAAUUGCUAUACCCCUCUUCCAGCAACCAAAUAGCCUCCCAUUGGCAGUAACACCUUGGAUUUUGGCGACCAUGGUAUGGAUAUCAUGGCUUGCGGGAGCAUUGGCGGCAGUAUACAUUCUUUCGAUUGGCACCAGGCUACGAUUCGACUCAGGCGAACGAAGUGGGGGCAUUUUGCAGCACAAGCGUGGGUGGAUGCUCACAUUCCCUCAGAACCCAGCUGUCACGUUUUGGAAUUUUUGGAGAUAUCCUAGCUGGCAAUCGCUUCGAGCAAAUAUUCAAUUAAGAGAGGAAGACCUGCCGGAAUCAUCAGACGUAGAUGGCCCCAGUGAACAAAAUACUGGUAGUCACGGAGAAGUAGUCAGCCAUGGCGUUGUUUGA